UUUACACUUGUAGUUCCGGUACCAACUUUGAAGAAAAAAGCGGUGAAAGUGGUGGGUGGCCAUUGAACCACAACCAAAUGCCAAUAGCAAUUACACAACCCAGUUAUCACCACUACCAGAAGCUAAACCACCAUAUCUCCGCCUCACUCGUCGCCCUCGCCGGAGCCAAGAGAGCCAUGGUCACUGGCAGCAGCAGCAGCAGUAGCAGCAGCAGCAGCAGCAAAGCAGGUGCGUACACGACCAUCAAAGAGAGAGUGACAUUCGAGAGAGAAAUCAAGAAGAGCAAAUUCAUCGCUAUCGCUGGCCCCAUCUCUGACGAGCCAUCCGCCUUCUCCUUCCUCUCCCAGGUUCGAGAUCCACGUGCUACUCACAACUGCUGGGCUUAUAAGGUUGGAGAUCAGUACCGGUCUAAUGAUGAUGGUGAACCAUCGGGUACAGCUGGCAAGCCAAUGUAUUCUGCUAUUGUUUCUUCUGGAAUAGAUAGGGUUAUGGUGGUUGUGAUCAGGUAUUUUGGAGGCAUCAAACUUGGCACCGGAGGAUUGGUCAGGGCCUAUGGAGGAGUUGCAUCAGAAUGCUUGAGAAAUGCCCCAACUUGUCUUGUGAAAUCUAAGGUUCCAAUGGGCGUGGAAGUUCCAUUUGAUCUUCUGGGUGUUCUGUACCAUCAGUUACAAUCUUUUCAAGUUGAAGACAUCAAGCAGGAUUAUGAUACUGGUAAAGAUGGCAUCAGCAUGGUCACUUUCAAAGUUGAUUUUGACCAGGCUGAGAAAUUGGAGGAGGCUUUGAAAGCCAAUUGUAGCCGAGAGUUAGAGUUUUAUAAACACUGAGGCAGAUUUAGACAUAUCAUAUACAUGGUUGCAGACACUGUAAACAACAAUGAACCAAUCGAGAAGGCGGUACUUUCAUCGGGCAAAAAUAAACCCAUCAUAGGUUUGUACUCUUCCUUUUUUCUGCUUUGUCCAGUGAUGGUCUACGCAUGUCACUGGGCAGAUAAACCCAUCAUUGGUUUAUGUCUUUUUUCAGGAAAUUUAUAAAAGGAUUAAUGCCUGAAAUGUGCCUAUGAUCUGAUAUGUUACGAAUUGUAUAUACGAUUUCAGUUAGUAAAGAUAUCAUUACAC